AUGGCUUCACACAUAGACCUAGCUGAAUACCUCUUCCGGAGGAUUCGUCAGGUUGGAGUCAAGUCAGUACAUGGUGUUCCCGGAGACUAUAACUUGACCGCACUGGACUACAUUGAACCCGCCGGUCUUGACUGGGUCGGAAAUGCCAACGAAUUGAACGCCGGGUAUGCUGCAGAUGGCUAUGCCCGGAUCAGAGGACUGUCAGCUCUUGUCACUGCCUUUGGUGUCGGCGAGCUGUCAGCCAUCAAUGCCAUUGCCGGAGCAUACAGCGAAAUGGCACCCGUCAUUCACAUUGUUGGCACAGCUCCAACCAAUGUGCAGGACCACGGGUUGUGCAUGCAUCAUUCGCUGGGAGACGGCAACUUCAGGAUCUUUGCCGAGAUGUAUGCAAAAAUCACCGUGGCCCAGGCCAAUCUGAGGGAUCCGGGUACUGCACCGGCACAGAUUGAUCGGUGCAUCAGAGAAUGUGUCCUGCAAAGUCGACCAGUUUACCUGGAGUUGCCAACCAACAUGGUGAAAGCCCAGGUACCGGCAGCGGCUCUAGACGUGCCUAUUGAUCUUUCGAUCCCGCUCAAUGACGAAGGCUUCGAAGACACCGAAGUCGAGCUGAUCCUCAACAAAAUGUACUCCUCCAAACAGCCCCUGAUCAUCGUCGAUGGGUGCACAUCAAGGUACGGUGUCAGCGAGGAAGCCGAUGAGCUGGUCCGAGUAACCGAGUUUCCAACAUCGACCACCCCCUUUGGCAAAGGGAUCGUCAACGAGACAUAUCCCAACUUCUAUGGGAUUUAUGCUGGUAUUGCUGGCAACGAAAUAUACAUGCCUUGGGCACGAGGCUGCGACUUGGUCAUCAAAUUGGGACCCUUGGAAAGCGAUGUCAACACCUUUGGGUUCAGCACUAUCCCCGAUCCAAAGUCAGCCAUUGUUUUCCAUCGGGACCACGUCGAGAUCGGCGGUACCAAAUAUCACAACCUUCAUAUCAAGUCUCUCCUGCGCAAAAUCCUCUCAAAGUUGGAGAAGAACAAGCUUCCCAAGUAUAGCCCAUCUAUGGACCUGGGCCACCCAGAGCUUCAGUUGAUGGCCCUGCCACCGGCCGACGAGGACGAGCUGAUCGACCAGGCUACCUUCUGGCGGCGAAUUUCCAAAUUUUUCCGCUCUGGCGACAUCGUUAUGGUGGAGACGGGCACGCCGUCAAUAGGAUCCCGAGAUAUGUUCCUCCCUGCACACACCUCACUCAUCAAUUCUAGCAUAUGGCUCUCCAUUGGCUACAUGCUGCCAGCAGCUCAAGGUGCCGCUCUGGCUCAGCGCGAGAUGAUUGCAGAAGGCAAGCGCCCCGACGGACGCACUAUUCUUAUCGAGGGUGACGGCAGUCUGCAAAUGACGGCACAAUCUAUCAGCGACAUGAUCCGCAACCGUAUCGAUGUGACCAUUUUCGUCAUCAACAAUGAUGGAUACGUGAUUGAGAGAUGGAUACACGGCAUGAAAGCGGGCUACAAUGACAUUCAACCGUGGAGAUACCUCGAGGCACCAAGCUAUUUCGGGGCACCCAAGGACGACCCUGCAUAUCCCGUGGUGACUAGGCGAGCUGAAACUUGGGGUCAGUUGAAGGACAUUUUAGCGGAGCCCGGGCUUCAGGCAGGCAAGGGCCUCAACAUUGUGGAGGUGAUGAUGGACCGAGAAGAUGCCCCAGACGUGCUGAAAAAGCUAGUGGUGAGCACUUCGCGGAGAAAUAGUGGUGAAACCGAACGGCCCCAGCCGCGUCAACCCAUGAGCCAUGAGGAGAAGGUCAUGAAAGUUGCUGGGUAG